AUGAGUGAUUCAAUAACUGAGUCAAAUUCCUUCGAAAGAAAUGCUAAUGCAGUUAUAUUGGACCAUAAAUAUUUUCUGGUUCGUUUGAUUUACAAGGGGAGGAGUCAUAACUUGUAUUUAGGUAAUUAGGUAAAUCUAAUAGGAAGUGUAGCUUUAAAUAAGGAUGAUCCGAAUACCUACUAUUUAGUGGAAAUGAAAAGUUAAGAGUAGUACAAUUCCUUUGUGUGUGAUGAAAGGAUUGUAAAGAAAAUGCAUGAUUUGCAGCUCAUUCCAAAGACCAUACAAUAGGGAGUUUAUAAGUAUAAGAAUAUGGAAUAUCGAUAUAAUAUUAAGGAGAGAUGUGGGCCAUCUCUUAAACUGUGUUUUCAACAUCAAAAUCGGAAGUUUUCGGAUUAAGUGUUUGCUACUUUGGCAAUCGAAGCGAUAUCUGCGUUGGAGAAAAUGCAUUAGGCAUCAAUAGUUCAUUGCUACUUGAAGCCUAAGAAAUUUGUGACGCUUUAUAGAGGAGUUCAAUUGCUUUUAACUGACCUAAAAUUUGCCCAGAAAUACAAAUUAAGGUAGAUCCUAAACUAGAAUACGAAAAACAAAUUUCAAUACGCUUUAGCACUAAAUAAAUAUUCAAGUCUAAAUCUGCAUUUAGGGAUAAAACCGUGUCCUAGAGACGAUCUAGAAUCUUUGGCUUAUAUUCUGAUAAACUUUUAUAUCGGAGGUCGACUAUUUAAGACAAAGCAGAAGAAAACGAAAAGCGAUAAAAUAAAGGAGGUGGAGUUACAAAAGAUGAAUCUGAUAAUUGAGAAGGCUUUUCCGUCACUGCCAAAAGAAAUAAUUUAAUUUUAUUACAAUGUUAAAUUGUCUAAUCUUGAUCAGUACAAAGUAAUCAACUAUGAUGAAUUGAAGUCCUACUUUUAUAAAAUGAUGCAGAAAAACAAUAAUACAACAAUUUUGAAGUCUUAUCCUUGGAAUCAAGAAUUGAUCGACCCUCAAAAAUAGAGUUCUAUCAGUAGUUUAUCUUCUGUUGUUGAGGAUGAUGAAAACGAAUCUGAUGAUUCACUGAUAGAAGAAUAGUCAAUUCUGAGUGUUAUUGAGAAUUUGAAAUAAAUUACUAAAACUAAAAAACUACUUUCGGAAUUGGAUAAUUGA